AUGGCGGCCUUCUCGCGAGCAACAUCACUCCUUCUCAGCAAAUCAGUCAACGUUCGAUGCUCUCAGAAACUACUCUGUCACUUUGAACCAUCCACACUUACCUCGCCGGGAUUCGAUAAAAGCCAUCUUCUUAACAAAGCUAUCUACAAUGGUAUGUCUCUUACAGGCCAUACAUCGCCGGACACCAACGGUUUUCAGAACAAGCAACCGCUAACGGCGAAACCUCUGGGAAUCAUACCAACGUCAAGCCUGGGUACCGCUGUGCCGUUGGUACACAGCACGAUCCCGCCACAGCAAGGCAAGACCACCACCACCACCAAAGUCUGGGACGCGCAUAAGAAGGACACCACUCCCCCCCUUGCAUUGCGUUCCUACUCCUACGCGUCUGGCACUAAUGGCGUGCCGCUCAACCGCAACAAGACCUUCGCGGGUCGCCGCUACAAGGCGCAACUUGAUAUCAUGCAGGACCAGAAAUGCUUACGUAGCAGCAUGGACGAUUUCCUCGUUCAGCUCUGGAGCAUUAUUGUUAGCGGGUUUCAUCCUGCUCUGGUCUACAUGGGCGCGGUAAUGUUGACUAUCAGUCUGAGCACGAUAAUCAUGGCGUUAUCGAUAAUAUUCUUUUAUUAG